UGGAAGUGUGAAGGAAAUCAAGAAGCGUGAUUACAGCGGCUCCUGCUAUCUCGAUUUCUACUUCGUUUACACGCCCCACUCCCCUUUUCUUCUUUCCUUUUAUUUACUCUUCCCAUAACAUUACAUUCCCCUUUAGCAUUCAAACCCAGAAAACUGAAAACCUUUUCUUUCUCCCCUAAGAGAGCUCAAAAUGGGAGUUGACUACUAUAACAUUCUCAAAGUUAGCCGUAACGCGACGGACGACGACCUCCGGAAGUCCUACAAGCGCCUUGCCAGGAAGUGGCACCCCGACAAGAACCUUGUCAACAACAAAGAAGCCGAGGCUAAAUGCAAGCAAAUUUUUGAAGCCUACAACGUCCUCAGCGACCCGCUAAAGCGUCAGAUCUAUGAUCUUCACGGUGAACAAGGCCUCAACUCCGCUGAAUCAUCCAGCCCCAAUGGGUUUAGCGCCGGCGGCGUCGGUGGUAUGGCCGACAAGUUCGACCAGAGGAAUGGCCAAGGGUACAAGAAGGCGUCGCCGGUUGAAACCCAGUUGCUUUGUAGUUUGGAGGAGCUUUAUAAAGGUGGUAGGCGAAGAAUGCGAAUUUGGCGCUCUAUUCCCGGUGAAUUUGGUAAGCUGAAGACGGUGGAAGAAAUAUUGAAAAUAGAUAUAAAGCCUGGGUGGAAAAAGGGCACAAAAAUAACUUUCCCUGAGAAAGGAAACCAGGAACCGGGUUUCACUCCAUCCGAUCUUAUCUUUGUGGUAGAUGAGAAACCCCAUGCUAUUUUCAAACGGGAUGGGAAUGAUCUGAUUGCCACUCUGAAAAUCUCUCUACUCGAGGCCCUCACAGGGACCAUCCUCAGUUUGACAACCUUGGAUGGAAGGACCCUCCCGAUCUCGGUCACAGAUAUCGUGAACCCAGGUCAUGAAGUGGUUAUCCCGAACGAGGGGAUGCCGAUCUCAAAAGAACCCAGCAAGAGGGGACACCUCAAAAUCCAGUUCGACAUCAUCUUUCCAUCGAAGCUCAGUGCAGAGCAGAAGUGUGAUCUGAGGAGGGCAUUGAGGCAGAGGUGAUAAAUAGUGAAAUAGUACAUGUCCAUGGCCGAGAUGGAUAUUGAUUGUGAAGUGAAAUGUAAAUAAGGUUUAAUUUUUUUUGUGGACCAGUGAAGACUAAAGGUUGUGCAUAAGUAGGAAACUAAGUUUGAAGAGUUACAAAGAGUGUCUACUUUUAUUCUAAUUGGAAAUUUAUAUACAAUUGUAUUUAGGAGUAGUUUGGUUUAGGGAAAGACCUUUUGUGUUUUGCUAUAUAUCCUGGAAACGAUCAAUCUAGUGUGGAUGUAGUUUUGCAAAAUAUUGGGCUUAAUGUAAUCUGUUUAUAGAAAAAUUCAUCCCAAAUCUGAAUCAAAUUUGAUCUUAAGCUCUAGUUCUUAAUA